UGAACAGAUCACAGCCAGAUCCCACUCUCCACUCUGGACGGGACAGAUACUGAACCUUUUUGCUUGGAAUAGCAAACUGAGCACUGAAUAUGAUGGCACCCUCUCAAUUUCUCACAGUGCUCCUGUGUUUGACACAAGCCCUCUUCUGCAUUGCCGAAAUAGACAGCGGCACCUUUCUGAUCUACAAUCAGGUUCACAACAAGUGUGUGUUGGCGGUAAGUGCCAGUGAGGUCACGGUGACCGACUGCAACCCCUCGGCCCAGGACCAGCAGUUCCGCUGGGCCUCUCAGUCGCGUCUCCUCAGCAUCUCCCUGAAGCUCUGCCUGGGUGCUCAGGAACUGAAGGACUGGGUGAAGGUGCUGCUUUUCCCCUGCGACGAGAAGAGUGAGCUCCAGCACUGGCAGUGUAAAAACGAGACUCUGUUUGGCAUCAAAGACAAAGCGCUGCACUUCAAUUACGGCAACCGCAAUGAGAAAAAUGUUAUGAUCUUCCAGGGAUCUGGAACUUGGAGCCGAUGGAAUAUCUAUGGUACUCAGAAAGACCUCUGCUCCAAGGGUUACCAAGAGGUGUUCACGCUAGGAGGGAAUGCCUUUGGAAGCCCCUGCCAGUUCCCCUUUAAGUUUGGAGAGAAGUGGUACGCCGAAUGCACACUGGUGGGCCGCUCAGAUGGACAGCUCUGGUGCGCCACUGAGACGGACUACAAUAAAGACAAGAAGUGGGGCUUUUGUCCCUCAAAAUCAUCCUCAGGUUGGGACACCGACCCAGUGACAGGAGUUCUGUACCAGAGGAACACCCAGUCUGUGCUGACCUGGCACCAGGCGAGGAAAAGCUGCCAGCAGCAAGGAGCCGAUCUGCUCAGUAUCGUAGAGCUCCACGAGCAGACAUACAUCUCAGGUUUGACCAAUAUCUUGGGCACAUCUUUAUGGAUUGGACUAAACAGCCUAGACUUCGAGGCUGGAUGGCAGUGGAGCAAUGGGAACCCGUUUAGAUAUCUAAACUGGGCCCCAGGACAUCCAUCAACUGAACCUGGCCUCAACUGUGCAACCCUGAACGCUGGCAAAGCCACAAAAUGGGAGUCCAAGGAAUGUUCCAAGAAGCUGGGAUACAUCUGUCGCAAAGGCAACUCCACCACUCUGGCCCCAGCUCAUAUAAGCAUAGACCAGCCCACCUUCUGCCCCAAUCACUGGAUUCCCUAUGCAGGCCACUGCUACUAUCUGGAACGUACCAAGACAAUGUGGAGGGAAGCCCUGGCUGCCUGUCAUAAAGAUGGAGGGGAUCUGGCCAGCAUUCACAACAUUGAGGAGCAGAGCUUCAUAAUUUCUCAGACAGGAUACACUGCAACAGAUGAGCUGUGGAUUGGCCUCAACGACCAACGAAACGCGUUGCUGUUUGAAUGGACCGACCGGUCUCAUGUGACAUUUAGCCACUGGCAGGCAGGGGAGCCCUCCCAUGGUUCCAAUCUCCAGGAGGAUUGUGUCUUGAUUAGAGGAAAGGAUGCGAAAUGGGCUGACAAUUUGUGUGAGAAAAUGUACGGGUACAUCUGUAAGAAAAAAGCCUCGACCAAACCAGUUGCAGGUGCCCCGGAGGAAGUCAGUCCAGGAUGUAAUAUGGGCUGGAUACGGUAUGGUUCCUAUUGUUACAAAAUUGGAUCUGAAUCCAAAACAUUUGAUGAGGCCAGUCAGACGUGCCAGCAGAGUGCCUCGAACCUGAUGAAUGUGGCUGACAGGUAUGAGAAUGCAUUCCUGGUGAGUUUGGUGGGUUUGAGGCCAGAAAAAUACUUCUGGACUGGUCUAUCCAACAUGGCGGAUGUAACGACCUUCAAGUGGACUACUGGCUCAGAAGUCAAAUUCACCCACUUCAACGUUGGAAUGCCAGACAGAAAACAAGGGUGUGUGGCUAUGACAACUGGAAUGUUUGCGGGACUUUGGGAUGUGGUCAGCUGCAGCAAUAAAGAGAAGUACAUCUGUAAGAAAAUGGCAGAGGGUGUGAUGUCAACAGCAGCCCCUCCCACUACGCCAGAACUGAGCUGUGCGUCGGAUUGGUCGCCUGCUGGUAAAAGGAAUGUCUGUUACAAGAUUUACAAAAAAGUAACAGAGAAAAAGAAGUCAUGGUCAGAGGCGCAGGAGUUUUGCAAGGCCAUUGGUGGUGAUCUACUGAGUAUUCACAGUGCCCAAGAUCUGAACAACUCUCCGUAUCACAACUCUGAUGCAGCUUGGAUCGGCCUUAGCCUUCUGAACCCCAACGCAGGUUUCGUCUGGACUGACGGUUUACCACUCGAAUAUGAGAAUUGGGGAUUUGGAGAACCGAACAACUACAAUGAUAAUGAACACUGUGCAGAGGUCCAGUUCUUCUAUGGACGCCACUGGAACGAUCGACACUGUGACGCCUACAAUGACUGGAUCUGUGAAAUACGCAAAGGGGUGACCCCAAAGCCCCCUCCAACUCAAAUUGUUCCAGUGUACAACACCACAAAAGAUGGCUGGAUCGAGUACAACAACACUCAGUAUUUCAUCAACACAGACAGCCUCCCGAUGGAAGAGGCAAGAGCCUUCUGUAAAAAGAGUUUUGGUGACUUGGUAGACAUCACUGGGGAGAGUGAGAGGAAGUUUAUAUGGCAGCAGAUAUCCAGACGUACUGAAGGACAAUACUACAUUGGAAUGACUGUCAGUUUGGAUAAAUCCUUUAGCUGGUUGGAUGGGUCACCUGUUGUAUACACAGCAUGGGAUCAAAAUGAACCAAACUUCGCCAACAACGAUGAGAACUGUGUAACAAUAUAUAAGAGCAUGGGAUAUUGGAAUGACAUCAACUGUGGCGUAGAGUUACCGUCCAUUUGUAAAAGAACCACCAGCUUUGUUAACACGACCAUGGUCCCUACCACUGUACCCAAGGGAGGAUGCUCCCCGGAAUGGAUUGCUUUCCAGGGCAAGUGCUACAAAUUCAUUCGAGACAAUGAUAAAAAGGCAUGGCAAGAAGCCAGGACCUUCUGCAUCAACCAGGGAGGGAACCUGGCCUCUAUCCUCAGUGAGAAAGAGCAAGCAUUCCUCACAACCCAGAUGCUAGGGAAUCCCCAAGACAUGUGGAUAGGACUGAACGAUGUUAACUGGGAGAUGCGGUUCCUGUGGACAGAGGGGAAAGGGGUUUCUUAUACCAACUGGGCAAAAGGGCAUCCAACAUCAGUGCCAGACGGACGAUAUUCGUUUAUGGAUGAGGUGUUUGACUGUGUGAUUCUGGUGGGAAGUACCCCAAAACAGACAGGAAUGUGGAAGGUUGAGGACUGCUUAGCCAAGCGUGGUUUCAUCUGCAAACGAAAUAUCGAUUCUCAGAUUGUGGUCCCUCCAACCACGUUGUCACCAAAGACUUUCUACAAGCUGGGAAAUGACUCCUACAAACUGGUGACGCAGGAAAUGAACUGGGAUGAGGCUAGGAGGCAGUGUAAAGCAGACGAUGCAGAGAUGGCGAGCAUUUUGAACCCUAUCACCCAAGCCUUCAUCACAAUGCAGUUACACAAAUACAACAAGCCAGUGUGGAUCGGCCUCAAUAGCAAUCUGACUGAAGGGAGUUUCAAGUGGGUUGACAACUGGCCUCUGUCUUACACUAAAUGGGACCAAGAUGAGCCAAAAAUCAACAGGGCCUGUGUUUACAUGGAUGUGGACUUGAAGUGGAAGACUGGCUCCUGUAGUAACAACUACUAUUCACUGUGCAAAAAAUCACCAGACCUAGCCCCAACCCAGCCCCCUCAGCUCCCUGGCAUCUGCCCUGAGCCCAAGAAACGCAAAACAUGGGUCCCCUUCAGAGGCUACUGCUACGCCUUUCUCAACUCUGUGGUCGACAACUGGGCCCACGCCACUGUGGAAUGUCUCAGAAUUGGAGCGUCCCUGGUGAGUAUUGAGGAUUCCUUGGAGGCCAACUUUAUCCAGCAGAACCUAGAGCUGCUGCAGGAUGGAUCAAAGUCCUUCUGGAUUGGUAUGCACAAGAGCCAGGAAGGUGACUGGAUGUGGGUUGACAACAGUGUGGUGGAUUAUAUUAACUGGAAACAAGGGAUGCCAAAGAGUGGAGACCUGUGUGUGGAGAUCCAUUCUGAUAGUGGUCAGUGGAGUACCAAUAGCUGCAAUCGGUACAAGUCCUACAUCUGCAAAACAGCAAAAGUCAUCCCACCAACAGAGAAGCAACCAGUUCCUGUUCAUCAAGUGGAGGAAGCUCCCCAUGGCUACGCUGGCAUCAUUGUGGCUGUUGUCUUGGUGAUAAUCGCAGUAGUAGGACUCAGUGCCUUCCUGCUCCGCAAACGGAUACCUACACCUGUCCUCGGAGAGUGUACGUUUGACAACACCUUGUACUUCAACAAUCCCAUUCGACAAACAAUCGCUGUGGACACUAAGGGCUUGGUGGCCAACAUAGAGCAGAACGAAACAGCCUAAAUAGAAGAGAGAAUCAUCAACUGGUGAAAACACUUUAAAGAAAUGCUUUGGUAUGAAACAUACCUGCUGCUGCUGCUGGGUUUUUGGCCUUCCAACUCUGACGAACUCUAAACCAAACUGAGCGUCUUCAACGACAAUACAUUUGAAAGCAUUUUCAAAUCUCCAUCCAUUUUCAAGCAUUCGGUCCACAUUUAUAAAUCCUAUCCAGAUUGCAGAAUUGAGGACAUUCCCAUAUAAAAUGUAAAAAUUGGUUUAAUUCAGUUUAGCAAAGAUUGAUUUAAUGGGGAAGACUGAAUUAGUUCAAAAGGCAAUCACUCUGCUUGGUUUUAGCCAAAUUAUAUUGUAAAUAGAUGCUCAAAAUGAGAGAAAUAAAGUUUUAAAACAAA